AUGGCGGAGCACGAACUCUUCAACACCGAAUACGACGCCUACGACGAGCUCGCAGACGAAGAUAUCAAGUCGCCUAAAAAGGCUAAGAAGGAGACCAAGAGGAACGCUGCGGGCUGCGUCAAACACUGGGUCGCUUGGCGUCGAAAGCUUGAAACCACCUUGCUCGGCGCUCCCACCGUUGACGGGAACGGCAAGAAGCUCAUCAAGAGGGAUAUUGUCAAGGACGACGACACCAAGUAG